UAUCCGUAUCUUCUCUCUUGCUACUUCCAGAAGGCGUCUCGAUAAAUGCCGUUGUUUUUUCUUCUCUAAUCUAUUUGAUUUUCAUAGUUCUUCGACUUUCAAGUUUCAACAAGUGAAAAUGAGAGAGAACAUCUCGAUGCACAUCGGUCAGACCGGUAUUCAGGUCGGAAAGGCCUGCUGGAAGCUCUGCUGUCUCGAACAUGGAAUCUAGUUGUGGAAAUAUUGGAGAACCUGGCAUAUGUGGCAAAUGCAAGCAAUCUGGUGCUGUACUUGUCACAGUACAUGCACUUCUCCCCGUCAAAAUCCGCAAACAAUGUCACCAAUUUCUUGGGAACUGCCUUCCUUCUGGCUCUGCUUGGAGGCUUUUCUUCUGAUGCUUUCUCCACUACUUAUCACAUCUACCUGAUAAGUGCUCUCAUCGAAUUUUUGGU